AUGGUAAAAGUGUUAAUGAGUGACAAAGCGUUCUCAUUAUCAGGAGAGGGUACUUGGGCUCAAUCCUCCUUUGAUGGUCACCUCUCGCCUCGGCGGAAGGGAAAGAAGAAGAAGAGAAAAUCAGAGAGAAAGAGAAAAAGAAGACGGUCACCUUCUCAGAGUCUAUCACCAGUGCGGAAGAAUAAAAAGAAGAAGAAGAAAAGCUCUAAGAAAAGCAAGCGGCAUAGGUAUACCUCUAAGAAGUCUAAACACAGUUCUUCAAGUUUAAAACGUAAAAGAAAGGAUGAACGCAAGCACAAGAAAAGUUCACGGACUCACUCACAUCGCAGGCGGCGCUACAGGAGGUUGGAGUCGGACUCUUCCUCCUGCCGAUCUUUCACAGGGGACAGACACCUGCAGAAGUCUGUGGUUCAUCAGGCUUUCAGAGACAUAGGAAGGGCUGGAGAGGAAACCCAAGAAUCACUAAACCCCACGGAAACAAAGUGGAGAAGAACAACUAAAUCUGUGUGUAAAACGGCUCCUAAGUAUCGCUCCAUCCUCUCUGCAGGCACCAUUUUGCCUUCAAAGCCAGGAAGCAAGCUUUUAAAUGGGAAUGGAGCCCAGGAUUUUUCAAGUCACACUGGAGGUCCACGUGACUACGACUCUGGUAACGACACAUCUUCUCCUCCGUCAAGCAAAACUGGUGUCUCUCGGGCAAGCGUCGCGGAGAACCAGAGGAGCUGUCAACAUCUUACCUCACCUCCUGAGAAGCACCACUUUGCUGACAGAGAUAAUGGCUCUGAUUCAGGAAACUCUGUGACAAGCUACGCUUCUUCAUGCAAACCUUACAGGGAUGAUGGCUUCUCUGCUACCCUUUUCAGUGGAAACAGCAAGAGUACGCAGAUAAGCUUGGGAUGUGAGGAAGAAGAUUUGAGAUGCCGGAAGACGGCCAGGUGUACACAUAGGAGGAGCAGGUCAUCUCGAAAGAGAUUUCGGAAGAGAACCCUGUCCUUUACCAGUAGGAGUAGAUCCUCAGUCAGUUCCCGGUACUCUGGGCGCCAUUCUCGAAGCACUUCAUUGUCUUCUUGCAGCUCUUACUCAACUUCUCUGAGUUACUCAUCAGACACGAGGAGAAGAGGCAGCUUGGUCAGCUUGAGCUCAAGAGAAAGCUACUCCAAAUACAGUGCACACAGGCGAGAUAGAAAGCGACGGUCCAGUUCCAGAGAGAAGGAUAUGAAACACAGACAUAAGGUUAGUGGGAAGAGACGAAGAAGGAAAUCCUACUCCCCAAUGAGAAAGAGGAGGAGAGAUUCACCGAGCCACCUAGAGGCACGACGCAUCACAAGUGCCAGGAAGCGACCCAUCCCUUAUUUCCGACCCAGCCCCUCUUCCAGCUACCGUUCCACCAGCGUGUCAUCAUGGAGCAGCCUCUUUACACGAAGCCGCAGUCGCAGUCCGAUCUACAGCGUAAGACACAGCCGCAGUCAUAGUCGGAGCUUCUCUUCCUAUAGGAGCUACAGUCGGAGCUCAUCAUGGAACUCGAUCUUUGGGUCCCACAGUCGCAGCCGGAGUCGUCUCUCCUUGAAGAAACGAAGGAAAACCAGGCGUUGACAAAUCUCUUUGGAGGGACAAAAACUUCAUUUCUAUUCCUAAUCAGGACAAUGGCUGUUGGAGCUGUUAACUGCAUGCAGUGAAUCACACUGAUGCUUGGGCAAAUAUGUUCUGGGAGUGUAAUUGAGACAUUCCCCCUUUGUCAAUUCACAGAGACCAUAGAUGGCUACAUUUUGCUUUCUUUAGUUUUUCUUCCUGCACAUCAUGCACUUGUAUCACAAGGGAAAUUGUAUUUUCCUAUUUAUCAAACUAGCGUUUGUUUAUAUAUCUAUCAGAGAUGCAAGUUUGCCCUCCUCUUAUUAAAAUCACCAUUUACUCCUUAGAAUUAACACAAUAUUUACUAUACAUUCAUGAGGAAGAAAAAUUGGGUUUGAAACCUGCCCAAGAAGUACUUAAUUUAAGAUUUUCCCAUUUUUUGGACUUCACUUACAAUAUCCCAUAUUCAGUUUAUGGCCUGACGUUUAGCAGGGCAGCAGGCAUGAACUGUUCUGCGUCAGGUCUGCAUGACCCUGACUUUACACCAAGAGAUGAAGUACAGUGGUAACAUUUAAGCUGUUUGAUCCUUGGGUUUGUAGACAGCUUCACAGGGAUCGUUAUCAGGAAUCAGCAAAAGGAUUUUUGCUCUGAUCUCAGCACUUCACAAGGAGGAGAACAAACAUGUUUCCUGAGCACUGGGUGGCAUGACGGUGAGCCAAAAUGUCACUUUAAUUUUUCCUCUGUUCAGGUGAAAAACGAUUUCUAAUUUCUGUCUUGUGGGCAUUUAGAGGAACAUUUUCAUAGAAUCAAACUUGAUGUUUAUCCCCUAAAAAUAUAAUGUGAUCACACUGUACACUGCCUUCCCAAAGUAUUCCUACCUGUUGAACUUUUCAGUUUUGUCAUAUCACAACAUGAAACACAGAUGUUUUUCAUCAUUAUUAGCCGUUUAUAACCUGUAAUUCUAUUAUUAGAUGACACAGUUGGUCUCUCUUUACAUAUUAAAACUUCUGGAUUGGAUUUAAUUGUCAGUUUGUCGCAAUACUUGUUGAAAGGUUUUUAAUGACAUAUAUCUUUACUUCUUCUUUACAGUUAUCUGUACCUAAGGGUUCAGCUUAUCUCAAAUUCUAAAUAUAAAUUCUAACCGGCUUAAUUUUAUUUGUGAAAUGACAAAGCAUAAAGUUCAAAUGGUGUAAUUCAUUUUGUAAUUCUCCUCUCUGUGCUAAAUGUUCUCUCACCUGUACUCGCUAUUUAUUGAACAAAUAAAUCUGCUGUUUCUUUUUAUCAGGUAAAAUGGUUAUAAAAGCUGGUGAAAUUCAUGUAUUCUAUAAUGACUUGAAUAUUUAUAUAACACUGUAACCAGACCUGUAGCCAUUUUUAAAUUGUGCAUUUAAAUCCAUAUUUAUGACUUCUUUCAUAUUUAUUGGUUCUCUGUUUCAUUUCUGAGUCCUCUGUUUUCAUAUGCAAUCCUGUUAGCUUUCAACACAACCACAAAACAGUUUUCCUGUAAAACGUAACAAAUUUCUGACACCGAAAAGUCCAAAGGUUGAAGCAGAGGUCCAGCCAAGCAAACCCAGUCACUUAUGCUUUCAUAUGGCUAAUGAAUUUUCAUUCUCCACUAAUUUGUAGUAUAUGUCCCUAACGGUUAUGCACAGGUGGUCAACCAGACUUUUGCUCAGUUUAAACAACUAUCCAAGAGUCGUUGUCAAGUCUAGCAGGUUGCACUGAAGUAACCGCCGUUCUACAAGGCAAAAAAUAUCUAGAAAUAAGUACAAAUUUCUUAAAUUAAGUGUAUUUAGCCUUAAUUUGAGCAGGUAAAUUAGCUGUUUUUUUCCCCUGAUAAACUAAUACAAUUAGAUAACAUGUACUUUAAAUAAGGCAACGCAAUUGCUUUUUCUUAUUUUAAAUGUAACUUGUCUUGUUCCAUGGCAAAAUGUCCCACUUGACUCCUCGAUUAAUAAAAAAUUGCACUUAUUUUAGGAAAAUAUAACUUAUUGAGAUUUCAAUUUUUUGCAGUGUGAUGUUUUGAAGUACCCUUAGACCUAGCCUCCAAGUUAGAUACAAAUCAGUGAUCAAUCCAUGUUUUUUUGUGUGGCUGUGCAUGAGAUUUGAUUUAGGGCAUACAUUUCAUAAUGGUGAACCUGCUUAUGUAAUUUCUUUCCAGGAAACAGUUACAUUUGCUUGGUACCUAAAACCGAAAUCAUCCCCCUCUGUUUAGUGAUGAUUUUCUUCCUCAAUCAAAUAGCGUUAUUUACCCUUCUUUUAAAUGUGUUAAACAAAUUGGUUAUUAACAGGCCUCUGCAGCCUUUGAUGGCUCCUGUCGUGGUAGUGAAACCAUUUCAUGUACAGUAGGUGUGCUGAGAAUUAAAAUAUGCAAGACAACGUGGCCUAGACAACCUUUAAUGUCAUUUUGUAUACACAAAGUGUAUACAAAAUGAAGUUUUGCUUUGUACAGCAAAAAAAAAUCCUUAAAGAGAACAUUAAAAACGUUGUUGUUUUUUCAUAUGGCAAUUAUUGGGCAUCAUAUAUUAUCCUGGUUGCCUAUUCUCCUUAUUCCCACACCUACUAAGCAACCUUUUAGAUCAAAGGAGCCAUUUUUGUACCUGCCUAAAAAAAAGUGAGCGGCUUAAUUUGCGGAUGUCGAGACAUUUUACUUACUUUACUUUUAAUUAUUUUUAUAAAAUCUGAUAUUAUCUAAUUUCCACUGCGAAUUUGUAUAGUGCCCUUUUAUUCAUAGGACACCACAUAGUCCUAACAAAUCCAACAUAGUUAUAAACCAAUGCCAGAAUUCUUCAAAACAAAUAUGAAAACAAGAACAAGAGCUAACAUUUUAGUACUUACCGAUGCCAAUUAUUGACUGAGCCUUAAAUAAAAGGUUAGGCAUUAUGAAGAGAAAAAUAGAGACAGACUUUUCUGUUGGAUUUUCUACAGCUGAGGUAGAGUGGAGAGGGCUUUUUUCCACAUAAAGAAAGCUUGUCUGGAUAUUGUUGUUUUGACACCAUGAUCUUUGAAAAACAUAAAAGUGGGAUGGGUCCACAGUAUCUGGUUGCUUUACCAAGUAUGAGUACUUGAAGCUGAUACUGGGGCAUCCCUGGUCCGUAGUCUUACAGUAGGUUCUCUUUCUUUUUUCUAAAAAAACAGCUGCAGAGAGACAUUUUCUACAGCAUUUUGAUUUUAGGACUGAGCAAGAUAAAUAGGUUUAAAUAUUUGUGUUAUAAACAAUUUCUGUGUGUUUGUUAUCAUGUUGAAAGACUUAGUAAUUGCCUUUUUUUUCUUUUCUUUUUUUUUUUGGCAGAGCUUAUCAUAUUUUUACUUUGAAUUUCCUUGGAUGAAAGUCAUGACGCAAUGAGCUCUAACAAGGUAUCCGGAACCUUAUGAUGAAAAACAAGGCUCUAUAAC